CAGAAUAUAAUUUUAUUCAAAAAACAAUGCAAAUUCCAUUUCAACUACUCAACCUUCCGUGCACCGUUCUCCGGAAAAUCCUUCCAUGCCUCAAGAUUGACGAUACAUUGGAACUUGGUCUCAAAUCUCACAAAUUCCGGAAAGCAAUCCGUCAGUAUAGGAAGAUCACAGCCCAUACCUUGUCUUGGAACAUUCUGAAAACUGAAAUUCAAAUUGUUCUAAAAUUCGACGGAUUUACCGACCGGAUUUGCUUCAAACCGCUUGAAAAUUGUCAUACUUCGAAUGUUUCUCAACUCCAAUUUUCAGUUCGACGUCGUAGAGCAUCUUUAGACAUUUUUUGUAUCGGAAGUGUAAAUGAAGAUAGUAGCAUUAUCAUGCACAAGUGCUCCUCAAUUCUUCUGGAAUUGUUGCGUGUGGAGGAUUAUGAGUUACGCCUGGAGUGUUCAAAAAACUUUGAUUUGUCACAUUUUUUUGUAUGGAAUUUCACCACUCAUUUUUCUUUUGUAGAGUUUAGCCCGACAAAUGGAGAAGACUUCCAUAAGCUGACUUUUCUACAAAACCGUGUCACCACUGAUAUUCUCCAACUGAGUCAGUAUAAAAUUGAUAAUGUAUACCACAGAAAACAAAUCCAACUACCUGUUUUAACGCAAAGCUGUGUGAAAAUUAGUUUAAUGAAUUUUGGAGAAAUAUCGAAUCUAUUCAAAAUGGAAGUCAAAAGAUUGGAGGUAUACAAAAAUUGUUCCAUAACUUGCAAAAAAAUCAACGAACUUUUCAAACACUGGAUAAGUGGUGGAAUGGAGCAUCUGGAAGUGUUCACCGCCGAUCAAGGAUUUUAUGAUACUCACAAGCUUUUAGAAGGAAUCGAGAUGGUUGAUCUAAGCUCACACAGACCUGCACACCCGGAUUCGGAUUUUAUGUCUAUGUGUGAAACGAAGAAAUGUGAUAUUCAAAGAUCAGUGGAUGGAAGACGGGCAACCAUAUUUCGAGACUGCAAAAAAGUUAGCUUGAUGGUGUGGCCGGCUGAUAUAACAAGUUGAACAGUCUAUUUUGUCAUGAUUUUUAUAUUUUUAAAAGAUAUUCUAAAUAAACUUAUA